AUGGAGAGCCAAGGACACAGAGCUGCAGCUCUGCUGGCUGGGUCCUGCCUCUCCUGCAUCCUCCAGGCCCCGCGGGUGGGAGCCCUGCAGGAGCCGGGGCUGGAGGACGCGAUCCUGGAGAACGGCAGCUGGGCGGAGGGCAACGACUCCUCGGAGCACACCUUCUUCUCCCUGGACUACCAGCACGUGCAGGUCCCCUUCGAAAUCACACUCUGGAUCAUGCUGGCAUCCCUGGCCAAAAUAGGGUUCCAUCUCUACAACAAGCUGCCUUCCGUGGUUCCUGAAAGCUGUUUGUUGAUUUUUGUGGGGCUCAUCAUGGGGGGGAUCAUCUAUGGAUUGAACGACAGGUCACCACCAGUGAUGGACAGCGACAUCUUCUUCCUGUACCUGCUGCCCCCCAUCGUGCUGGACGCCGGCUACUUCAUGCCCAGCCGCCCCUUUUUCGAGAACAUCGGCACCAUCCUGCUCUACGCCGUGGUGGGCACCGUCUGGAACGUCUUUGGCAUCGGCUUUUCCCUCUAUGGCAUCUGCCAGGUGAAAGCUUUCCGCCUGCAGGACGUGUCCCUGCUGCACAACCUCCUCUUCGGCAGCCUCAUCGCCGCCGUGGACCCCGUGGCUGUGCUGGCUGUGUUCGAGGAGAUCCACGUCAACGAGAAGCUGCACAUCCUGGUUUUUGGGGAAUCCCUCCUCAACGAUGCUGUGACUGUGGUGCUCUACAAGCUCUUCCGCUCUUUCUGUGAGAUGCCAACCAUCAAAAGCGUGGAUAUUUUUGCUGGAGUCGGGAAAUUCUUCGUGGUUGGGCUGGGAGGAGUUUUGGUGGGGCUGAGUUUCGGGUUCACGGCCGCCUUCACCACGCGCUUCACCAAGGACAUCCGCGUCAUCGAGCCGCUCUUCGUGUUCCUGUACAGCUACCUGUCCUACCUCACUGCAGAGAUGUUCCACCUCUCUGGCAUCGUGGCCAUCAUCUCCUGUGCCAUGGGCAUGAAGCGCUAUGUGGAGGCCAACAUCUCCCUCAAGUCCCACACCACAGUCAAGUACUUCAUGAAGAUGUGGAGCAGCGUGAGCGACACCCUCAUCUUCAUCUUCCUCGGGGUUUCCACCAUCGGGGAAAACCACGAGUGGAACUGGCCCUACAUCUGCUUCACGGUCAUCUUCUGUCUCAUCUGGAGGGCACUGGGGGUUCUUGUGCUGACUUUCUUUGUGAACAGAUUCCACGUGAACACCAUCACCAGUAAGGACCAGUUCAUCAUUGCCUAUGGGGGGCUCCGAGGGGCCAUUUGCUUCUCUUUGGUUUUCCUGCUGCCUGACUUCCACAGGAAAAAGCUUUUCAUUGCAGCAACAACCGUGGUCAUCCUCUUCACCGUGUUCAUCCAGGGAAUGACCAUCCGUCCCCUCGUUGACCUGCUGGCUGUCAAGAGGAAAAUGGAGAGUGCUCCCACUGUGGGAGAGCAGAUCCACAUUAGGUUCUUGGAUCAUUUGCUGGCUGGCAUUGAAGAUAUAUCUGGACACUGGGGACAGUAUUACUGGAAAGACAAGCUGGAAUAUUUCAACAGCAAAUACCUGCAGAAGAUCCUGCUCAGGGAGUACGACCAGCCCAAGUCCAGCAUCGUGCUGCUCUACGAGAAGCUGGAGCGCAAACACGCCAUGGAGCUGGCCCAGGCUGGGCAGCUGGGCCACAGCCCAGCCCAGCCCUCCUUCCUCAGCAGCGACAGGACUGUCAUAAGAGACCGAAAACUGGAGGACACUCUAAACCCUGCUGUCCUGGACAACAUACAGGAAAUAUUGGCCAGGAACCUGUACCGGAUCAGGAGGACGGGCCCUGCAUACAACAGGCACACCCUGCCUGGGGACAGCGAGCCUGCAGAGCAAGCCAAGGAGAUCCUGAUCCUGAGGCACAAGAGCCUGCUGGUGGAGGUGAGCGGGAGCAGCUCCAGGAAGGAGUCCCAGAAGGAGGACUCGUGCUCGGCGCAGGGCGAGGCUCCCCCGCAGCCCAAGCUCUGCCGCUCCUUCACCGUGGGGAACACGGAGAAGGUGCAGAAGGGGAAGGAGAACCGGUCCAAGUCCGUGUGCGCCAUCCCACCGAGCUGGGGCGGGAGGAACGAGCUCAGCCUGGAGAUGCACAAACACAGGGGCUGCUCUGGCUCCUCACCAGGGCUCUGACUCCUUCAGGGAGGGCUGCUCAACGUGUGAAUAAUGUAAAUAAGAUGCAUGUUGGACAGGACAGCGUGGGCUGGGAAUAUCCAGAGUGCUUUGCAUGGAAAGUCGCUGUUAUUGCUAAACUUUUGGUGGGAACUUAGGGGAAAGAUGCCCAGCUGAGCACCAGCAAUGCCAGGGAAUGGCUGAGGGGGCAUUUCUAAGGAAUUUCUAGGAAAAAUUAUCCUGUUCAGUCUGGGAAAAUUGUUGAAACUGCCUAGAACUGCAAGUAAGGAUGUUUUAAUAGGGUGAGAUACAAGAUCUCAUUAGUUUUCAGGGAUAGGCUAAACAGCAGGGAGCAUUUGGAUUAUAGGUUGGGAAAAACUUGAUAAUCUCAAAGCAGGUUUUAUUAGGGGAAGGAGGAAAGAGCAGAAACAGCAACAGAUUUCUUCUGCUCUCAGGAACUGAUGGAUCCUGGCUAUGAACAUGAAUCUCAUAAAGCCCAAAGUUAAGUCACAUAGUUGAGUAAGGGGUUGUGUCUUACCUGAGGGAUUGUCCCACACCCAGUUAUGCCAAAGAGAAAUUAUUGCAGCUGAGUUAAAAGGGAGAAAUAUGUUCUUACUGGUUUUUAAAAAUUUAUGUAAGGGAUGGUUCACCUCAAAGGUGAAAUGAGGAAGCUCCAAAGGCAGUGGUGAUACCAGGAGAUGAGGGUGACAGCUCUUAAACAGAUGAGAAGGUUUCUAAUGUGGUUGGUUGG